AUGCUUCCUUCCUUCUUCCGAAUCGAUCCCAACGAAGUGUCACAGUACGUCGGGUUGGUCCAACUGCUCCUACAUUUCCGAUGGAACUGGAUUGGCCUCAUCACUUCCGAUGACGACACUGGUGAAAAUUUCAUCCGGACUCUGAUGCCAAUGCUCACGAAGAAUGAUAUUUGUGUGUCCUCGGUAGAAAUGAUAAAUGAACGGCUAAUGAAGCGAUUAGCAACUGAUCUUUUUAAGAAAUCUCUUAUUAAGUGGCAGAGUAAAGCCAUGAUUAUCUCUGUAGACUACAAGGAAGCAGCCGUGCUAAUACAUAAACUCCAUUUUCUCAGAAGGGAUUUCAGGCCCUCACGUGUGAGGGUUUGGAUCGCGACAGCCCGCUGGGAUUUUGCUGCUCUGGGGGCACAAAAGCAUUGGAAGGAACUGGAGUUCUUCCACGGUGCUCUGUCCUUCAGAGUCCACACAAGUGAUGUCCAGGGGUUUAAUAAAUUCCUCUUGGCUUUAAAUCCAGCCCGGCCCGAGGGAGAUGUCUUCCUCCGAAACUGGUGGCAAAUGGCAUUUAACUGCUGGUUUCCGAUAGCAGGUCAAACGUCUAGAAAGAGAAAUUGUACAGGGAAGGAGAAACUAGAGGACCUGCCACCCUCUGUGUUUGAAACAAGAAUGACUGGCCACAGCUAUGCCAUGUACAAUGCCAUCUACUCCGUGGCACACGCUUUACAUGCGAUGUACUCAUUGAGACCCACUCGUGCCAUGAUGCAGGAGGGCAAGAAACCUCUGGCUAUCCAGCCGUGGCAGAUUCUCUCCUUUUUGAGGAACAUCCGAUUUAACAACAGUGUUGGAGAUGAAGUAUCUUUCACGGACAACAGUGUGGUGGGAUCUUCUGGCUAUGAUCUUCUCAACUGGAUCUAUUUCCGAAAUGAGUCAACAGCUUUAGUGAAAGUUGGGAGGAUGGAUCCAGGAGCCCCACGGGGCAAAGACUUCAUCAUUAACCCAGAUACAAUUGUGUGGUCUAGCAAGACGCCACCUUCUGCAAGCUGUGCAAAGAUCUGCUCUCCAGGGCAAAGGAGAAAAAUCCCAGAAGGGAAGCCGGUUUGCUGUAAUGUAUGCAUUCGCUGUCCAGAAGGGACUUUUUCUAACCAGACAGAUGCUGCUAACUGUGCCCAGUGCCCAGAAGAUCAAUACCCAAGCAAGGACCAAGACCAGUGUAUUGCCAAGAAAAUCAACUUCCUUUCGUAUCAUGAGGCUUUGGGAUUUGUUUUAGCUUCUCUGGCUCUUUUCCUCUCUCUAAUCACCUCUCUAAUCCUGGCAAUCUUCAUUAAAAACAAGGACACCCCAAUCGUCAGAGCCAAUAACCACAACCUCACUUACAUCCUCCUUGUCUCCCUCCUGCUCUGCUUCCUCUGCUCCUUCCUCUUCAUUGGUCAGCCCAAAAAAGUCACCUGUCUUCUCCGGCAAAUUGCUUUUGGAAUCACCUUUUCUGUUGCCAUUUCUUCCAUUUUGGCAAAAACCAUCACGGUAGUUCUGGCCUUCAUGGCCACCAAGCCAGGAAACGUGGCCAGAAAACUCUUGAAGACACAAUUAGCAAGCACCAUUGUCCUAGUCUGUUCCCUCAUUCAAGCAGUUAUCUGUGCCAUCUGGCUGGCAACCUCUCCCCCAUUCCCAAACCUGGAUUUCUACUCCAUGGCGGUGGAGGUUGUAGUGGAAUGUAAUGAAGGCUCCGUCACCAUGUUUUACUCUGUCCUGAGUUACAUGGGUUUCCUGGCCCUCAUCAGCUUCAUGGUAGCCUUCCUAGCUAGGAAGUUGCCUGACAGCUUUAACGAAGCCAAAUUUAUCACCUUCAGCAUGAUGGUCUUUUGCAGCGUUUGGGUCUCCUUCGUCCCAACCUACCUGAGCACCAAAGGGAAGUUCAUGGUGGCCGUGGAGAUCUUCUCCAUCUUGGCCUCUGGUGCUGGUCUCUUGGGUUGCAUCUUUCUCCCCAAAUGCUACAUUAUUCUCCUGAGACCCAACCUCAACAGCAGAGAGCAUCUAAUAAGAAAAAAAUAUCAAGGAGCUUAA